AUGACUACCUGCAUAGGGCCUAAAGUUAAGUUUGAAUUACUACAAAACAAAAAAGCUUAGUUUCCUUACACACAUGACUAUGAAUAUUAAGAUUCCAUGCAGUAAUUGGUGGAGAAGAGAGUGAGUUUUGCAGAUUCUUCUAUAGUAUUCCUGCAUUACUCAGAAGAAGAAAUAUUUAAUUUCAGGUAGAGACUGAAAUCUUAGCUACAAUAAGAGCAAAUAAGGCCUGUAUUCUUAAAUCCUUCAUUAUAUGACUCAAGUUUAUAAAAUAAGACAAGAUCAUGCUUUAAACCAGUUGAAUUUUGA